UUCAAAUCCACGCAUUGUGCUGUUAUUGGCAUGAUACAUGUGCCAGCUUUACCAGGUACACCUUUCAACAAAAUGAAAUGCAGUCAGAUUGUGGAGACCGCUUGUGAAGAAGCAGAAGUGUACAAGAAAUGCGGUGUUUGCCUCCUUCGUACACCAUGAUGUCGGACAGGGUGCACCAGGUGACGUCACGAGGGUGAAAGCUGUCGAUUGGUUGGUCAACAAGGGACGACAGUGUCGACAUGACGAGAACCAAGUGUGUGUUCCGAGAAUGGAAGGAGGCUCACCCAUUGUGUGCCACUGAACCUUUUUAUGAAGUUUCCAUUCAGUCGGCAUCGCGCGGACAGUGGAGGAGCGUUUAUUCUGGAUGGUGUCCUUGUUGAAAAUAUGUUUGACAUUCCCUAUGUCAAACCUAAUCAGGCCGGGCCAGAAUUGACUGCCUUCAUGGCACGUGUCUGCACAGAAGUAAAAAGGAUACUUCCUUCUUUGCCCUGUGGUGUACAAAUACUUGCUGGAAAUAAUAAAAGUGCACUAGCGGUUGCAGCAGCCACAGGUUUCCAGUUUGUGCGUGCUGAAGGCUUCGUGUUUGGGCAUGUGGCAGAUGAAGGUAUUAUGGAAUCCUGUGCAGGCGAGCUACUGCGCUACAGACGCACUAUUGAUGCCGAGGACAUUCUUGUGUUUGCCGAUAUAAAGAAAAAACACUGUUCACAUGCAAUUACAAGUGACAUCAGUGUCCUGGAAACAAUGAAAGCAGCUGAAUUCUUUCAAUGUGAUGGCAUCAUCCUGACUGGAGGUACUACAGGCCUGCCACCCAGUGCCACUGAACUGCAAGAGGUGAAAGCGGAAGCAACAGUGCCCGUAUUGCUUGGAUCAGGAAUUACAGAGAGCAACAUUCAAGACUUUUCUGCAGCAGAUGCAGUGAUUGUGGGAUCAUCGUUUAAGCAUGGAAAUGCCUGGAGUGGCACACUGAAUGGCUUACAGGUACAGGCAUUCAUGGAAAAGAUACACAUGCUACGCCAAACAUUAUAGGCAUCUCAACUCUGCAGAAUUGAAUUAAACACACAAUAAAUGAAGACAGCUUUGUACUGGGAUGUGGCAUAAAUAAAAGUUUUAAUUUCUU